AUGACUGAUUUCGAAGAUGCCAUCCGACUCGCACAAGAAGCUGUCGCUAUGGCACCAGAGGACCAUCCAGAUCGGGCAAGAUGUUUAAAUGAUCUUAGAAUUGCACUCAUCAACAGAUUUCGAGAAACAGGAGCGAUGGUCGAUAUCGACGAGACCAUCCAAGUGACGCAAAAAUUGAUUAACAUAACUCCAGAAGAUUGUCAGAACUGGGCAAGAUAUUCAAUCGCUCUUGGAAUUCUACUCAGUACCAGAUUCUUGAAUAUGGGGGAAAUAUCCGAUCUUGAUAGAGCCAUCCAACUUCAACAAAAAGCUGUGGAUUUAACGCCAAAAGACUGUCUAGAUCGGGUAACGUAUUUAGACAUUCUUGCAUUUACACUCGAUAUCAGAUACUCCAGAAUAAGAGCAGAUUAUGACCUCGAAAAUGCUAUCCAAUUUGGGCGGGAAGCUAUUGAUAUAACACCAGCAGGCCAUCAAGACCGUGCAAAACGCCUAAAUGAUCUUGGAAUUCGAUUUGGCGAUCGUCACUUAAUAACAGGGGUAUUAUCUGAUAUUAACGAGGCUAUCCGACUUGGACGAGAAGCUGUCAAUAUAACGUCAAAGGACAAUCCAGAUCGGGCAAAAUAUUUGAACGUUCUUGGAAAUCAACUCAGCGCUAGAUAUGUGAAAACAGGAGUAAUAUCAGAUCUCGAUGAAGCUAUUCAAGUUGGACAGGAUGCUGUCAAUAUGACGCCAGAAGACCAUCCAGAUCGGCCAGGACGUUUGAGCAACCUUGCAGCUACACUCCGCCAGAAACAUAUAAAAACAGGGCAAACGUCUGAUAUUGACGAGGCCAUCCGACUUGCACGAGAAGCUGUCGCUAUGAUGCCAGAGGACCAUCCAGAUCGAGCAAAAUAUUUAAUCGUUCUUGGAAAUCAACUCAGCGCUAGAUCUGUGAGAAUAGGAGCAAUAUCAGAUCUCGAUGAAGCUAUCCGAAUUGGGCAGGAUGCUAUCAAUGUGACGCCAGAAAACCAUCCUGACAGGGCAACAUAUUUAGGUAAUUUUGCAGUUAUGCUCGAUAAUAAAUACCUAAAGAUAGGGGCAAUGUCUGAUCUCGAGGUUGCUAUCCAAAUUGGACGUGAAGUUGUCGACAUAACACCAGCAGGCCAUCCAAACCAGGCAGGGCAUUUGAACAAUCUUGGAAAUCGAUAUAGCGAUAGAUAUUCAAGAACAAGAGCCAUGGCUGAUCUUGACGAAGCCAUCCAACUUCAGCAGAAAGCUGUGGAUUUAACGCCAAAAGACUGUCUAGACCAGGCCAUGUAUUUGAAUAACCUAGCAGCUACACUCGGUGAGAGAUACCUAAGAACAGGGGCGAUAUCUGAUCUCGAGGUUGCUAUUCAGCUUGGACGCGAAGCUCUUGUUAUAACACCAGCAGACCAUCAAGAUCGUGCAAAACGCCUAAACAAUCAUGGAAUCCGACUUGGUAACAGAUAUUCAAAAACGGGAGCUAUGUCUGAUCUUAACGAGGCCAUCCAACUUGGACGAGAAGCUGUCAAUAUGAUGUCAGAAAACCACCCAGAACGAGCAGGGUGUUUGAAUGAUCUUGGAAUCCGACUCGGCAACAGAUACUCAGAAACGGGGGAAACGGCGGACCUAGAAGAUGCUCUUACAUACCAUCAAUCCGCUCUAUGUCAGCCCAACUCGUCUACCAUCACUCGAAUAUUAGCCGGUAGAGAAGCUUUUCGGCAUUUUGCAAUCAUAUCGAAUUGGCAAAAGGCUUACGAGGUUUCGGAUAUCGCCCUUCAUCUUCUUCCUGAAUUAACAUCGCGUUCACUUGAGAAUUCUGAUAAGCAGCAUAUACUUGGUCAAGUGGUAGGCCUUGCUUCUGACGCAGCAGCGGCGUCAUUACAUGCAGGGAAGGGGCCGUCAGUAGCACUGAACUUGCUUGAACAGGGCCGGGGCGUGAUCGCGGCAUCCCUUGAGGAAAUACGGAUGGACAUUCUAGAUCUACAGGAGAGAUACCCUAAGCUGGCCGAGCUAUUUUUGCGUCUACGGGAUGAACUAGAGUUGCCUGUUACACGCAGCACUUCUCUCAUGGACGGAAAUGGCGAGAUUUCUAUGCAGGUUCAAAUGAAUCGACGCUACGAGGCAGGCAAAAGGCUUGAAAAGCUGAUUGGCGAAAUCCGCGAGCAACCCGGAUUUAAGGAUUUCUUGCUAGCGCCAAGCGGAAGUGAAAUGCUAGCCGCUGCAAAAUAUGGUCCUAUCGUUAUUAUAAAUGUCAGCGAGUACCGUUGUGAUGCAAUACUUGUCGAGCAACAUCAGAUAAGGUCCCUGGCUCUACCCGACCUUCACAGCAAGGAGAUCAACAAAAAGGCACAGGUAGAGGAUCUAAGAAGCCUGAAACUUCUAGAGUGGUUAUGGGAUGUUGUCACGAACCCCAUCCUGAAAACUCUAGGAUUUACCGAACCUCCGUCUGAUGAAAGUUGGCCACAUAUAUGGUGGAUUCCUACUGGUCCUCUAAGCAAAUUUCCCCUCCAUGCAGCUGGGCAUCAUAGUAAAGGCUCUUCUGAAACGGUUCUCGAUAGAGUCAUGUCGUCUUACAGUUCGUCCGUUAAAGCAAUUAUACAUAGCCGCCGCCGUCCUAAUAUAUUUUCAACCCCAGCCCAGGCGCUCCUUGUCGCCAUGGAGCAUACACCGGGAAGUUCUAGGCUUCCUUUCGCAACUAAGGAGGUUGAUAUGUUGCAUGGCAUAUGCAAGGCGAUGUCGAUCGACCCUAUCGAGCCGGGACGAAGCAAACAAAUUGUCACAUCGCAAUUGCCACAAUGCAAAAUAUUUCACUUUGCUGGGCACGGCCAUACGGAUAAAUACGAUCCAUCCAGAAGUUAUUUACUUUUGGAGGAUGGCAAGGACGACCCGCUGAUGGUAGCCACCCUUCUAGCAAUGAAUAUCCGAGAACACUCACCAUUUCUAGCCUACCUCUCUGCUUGCGGGACUGGUCGGAUCACAGAUGAGAGGUUCGUUGACGAGAGCAUCCACCUGAUCAGCUCGUUUCAACUGGCAGGGUUUCGCCAUGUUAUUGGCACUCUGUGGGAGGUUAAUGAUGAACUGUGUGUAGACAUGGCGAGAAUCACGUACGAAACGCUGAGAAAUGGAGGUAUCACAGAUGAAAAUGUGUGCCGCGGGCUCCAUAACGCUACCCGUGAGCUUCGGGAUCGUUGGCUAAAUAGGGUUAAAAGCGGUGAUAGACCAUUGCGAGAUAUUGUUCUGUGUGAUGGCGGCGAUGGCUACAGACAAGGUAAAGGGUCGUUACAUUGGGUUCCAUAUGUUCAUUUCGGCGUCUGA